AUGAGUUAUGUCGAGCUCAACAAGUACGUCGACGAGCUCGCGAGCGGCUUCAUCGACCUGCAGCUCAAGCACGGCGACACGAUCGCGCUCUGGCUGCCCAACAACCUCGAGCACGUGCUCGCGCAGUUUGCGGCGGCCAAGGUCGGCUUGACGGUCGCGUCGAUCGACCGUUCGAUUGCGACCGCCGACGAGCUCGCGUAUGUGCUCAAGGACUCGAAGGCGGCCGCGCUCAUGUAUGAGAACAAGAUUGAGCGCCGCGACCACGCGUCGGUCGCGCUCAAGGUCUACGAGCAGCAGGACCGCAAGAGCCCGCUGCACACGCUCAUCACGACCUCGAUCGACCCGACCGACGGUGUCUUGCAGUUCCAGCACAUCCUUGUCAACGCGCUUGAGCGCCACGUCGUUGCGGGCCGCCGCAGCCAGGUCGACGCAUCGACGGCCGCCGUCAUCCCGUACUCGAGCAACAACGGCCAGCAGCCGACGCGUGGCACGCUCCUCACGCACGGCGAUAUCCUCAAGAAGGCCCAAGAGUUGGCGUCUUCGCUCAAGUUGACGUCGAACGACAAGGUCGCCAUGUCCGAGGUUCCGGCCGGCUUCCUCGUGGCGUCGGUCGCGGCUGCCUUGAAGAACGCGCAGGUCAUUGUCGCGUCGGUCGACCGCAUGGAACAUGCGCUCAAGGUCGAGAAGGCCAACGUCAUUGGCAACACGGACGGCCACUUUACCCGUGCGUAAACUGCAUGUAGAUACUAUGCUUGCGAUCAAUGAAAGCCGUCGUCUCACCAUCGCGUGCGUCGACCUCGUGCAGACGACGAGCAGAGGCAGAGACGGACGUAUCUCC